GCCUGCAGAGCGAGCUGCGCGCCGCCGCCACCACCCACAGGGUACACGGAGAGGCCGGGGCCGACUGCUCGCAGACUUCACUAUGGCUGCCGCUGAGUGUCCGGCGGUGGUGCGGCUCGCCGGACUAGCGACGGUGCUGCUGCUGCUGCUGCUGCUGCCCGGCGUGAGAGCCAUCACUGGAGAGUCUGAGAUCCUGGAGCGUAUACUGAACCCCACCAAGUACGACCGCAACGUGAGGCCGCCAGCAGAAAACGGCACAGGGGGACCGGUCGAUGUCAAAAUAGAUCUUCUCCUCCGCAGGCUAUUGGCAGUCAGCGAAGCUAAUAUGGACUUCACUGCGCAGCUGACGGUGGUUCUGACGUGGCACGACCCACGCCUCAGGUACGACGACAUGGACACGGGACGCCGGCGCUUCGUGACGCUGACGGAGGUGAGCCGCGCCUGGCAGCCAGACGUGUUCUUCAGCGAGGAGAAGCAGGGCCACGUGCACGACAUCGUCACGCCCAACGUCUACAUGCGCAUCUCACCCGACGGCCUGGUGCGCUUCAGUGUCAGGACAUCGAUGGCGUUCGCAUGUGACAUGGAUUUCCGCCGGUAUCCGAUGGACACACAGACCUGCACUAUCUCUAUGCAGAGCUACGGGUACACCGAGGAGGACCUGCGGCUGUCGUGGAGCAACCGUGACGAGGUGCACUUCGUGAAGCAGCACAGCUCCGCCGGGCUGUUCUCCAUCGCCAGCCUGCAGGCCGCCAACUGCACCGCCAGGGCGCGCGGAGCGGCGACGAGCUGCUUGCGGGCGGUGGUGCGGCUGUGGCGGGACCCGCGGCCGGCACUGCUGCGCGCCUACCUGCCGAGCGCGCUGCUGGUGGCGACGUCGUGGGCCGCCUUCUGGAUGCGCCGGCGCUGGGGCCGCGUCGCCAAGCUGCUGUCGCAGGCGGCGGGCGCGGCGCGCGCCCCCUCGGCGGACGAGGCCGAGGCCGAGGGAGAGGAGAGCCGCUCGGAGGGCGGCUGGCUGCGCGCCUGGCUGGGCUCCCCGGCGGUCGGCGGCCGCCUCGACAUCGUCUGCCGCGCCGGCUUCCCCGCCGCCUUCGCGCUCUUCAACCUCACCUACUGGGUCGCCGUGCUCAACUAG